GAACAGCAGCAAUACUGGUAUCAGCAACACCUGCUUAGCCUGCAGCAGAGGGCAAAAGCCCAUGCUCAGGGGCAGCAGCAAAUGAAAGGUACAGGGGUGGUAAAGGACACAUCUGAGCAGAGAAAUUCUGAAGAAGGGAAAAUGAGUGCUUCAGCGCAGCAGUCUGAACCGCCUCCACUAAGCGAGUCCCUGCCUCCAUCUUCCAAAGAGGACGAGUCUUCUCUUACGUCCACUGAAACUCAGCUCAAUAUUGAACCUCCUGAUGACCCUGAGGAAGAUUUGAGAUUGCAGCAGUUGCAAGCAGCAGCAGCUCAGUGGCAACAGCAUCCCCAUCACCGAGUUGGAUUUCAGUAUCAGAGAAUAAUGCAGAAGCAUGCCCAGCUGCAGCAGAUAGUACAACAGUAUCAACAGAUUAUGCAACAGCCUCCACACUUACAGACAAUGUCAGUGGACAUGCAGCUGCGGCAUUAUGAGGCACAGCAGAAACAGUUCCAGCAGCUUCAUAAAGAUUGGGAGCGAUCAAUGAACCAACAGUGGCAGCAUCAGCUUCAAACCUACCCUCAUAAAGACCAGCUUCAGGAGUAUGAAAAGCAGUGGAAAGCGUGGGAUGAGCAGAUGAAGGUGACUCAGUCUCAUCUGCAGGAGAAAGUGAACUCACUCCAAAACCUGAAGACUCAGUACCCUGCAAAUGUUUCGCUGCCACCUCCAUUUGUUCCAUAUUCUCAGACUGCUCAAGGUGGCAUUCCCAUUAUGCCUCCAACUUUACCUUCAACUACACCACCACUGGUUCCCCCACCUCUCUCCUCUGGGCCUCAGAUGUCUAACUCCUCUGUCCCUUCAGGAUCCAGUUCUCAAGGCAGUCAAUCUACUGAGACACCAAGGCCAGCUCUGCUUCCCACCCCUGGUACCUAUGCAUCAAAAAUAGCUAGUUCACCUGUAUUUUCAUCUUAUCAUUCUCAAGAUCUGGGGAACUGA